AUGUCUUCGUCCGAAAAGUCACCCUUUGAUCCCACUUCACCUUCAUCGACUUCGCCUGCAAGCAACGAAGACGCCAAAGCACAACCCCCUGUCGACACCGACACAGACACCGAUACCGAUUCAACAGAAUCAUCAAUCCCCCCUCGACUAACUCCCCCGCUGUUCAUUUUUCGAACAAAUUCUCGUAAUAUCUACAUUAACCCGUUAACAAAUCUUACUUCAACACCGUCACCGAAUGAAAGUAAUCAUAAACCCGAGGAGCCUCCAAAAUGGGAUGAAAUGUGUCUUCAGUGGUGCAAGCAAAAGGAUAAGAAUAGGGGACAGGGAAUAAAUCCGACGU